UCCAUAGGGGAGAGCGAGAUUGCAAGCGGUUCGGAGGGGGGUGCGUUGCUCAGGCAGGACCGAGGAGGAAUCACAGCAGCCCCGGCUGGGACUGCCAUACCCGACCCGCUGGAUCCCCGGAGGAACAGAGAGAACACGUCGCCCAAGGGAGAGGAGCUCUGUUCAGGCUGUAGGAUGUUCUCGUCAGUGAAGGCCUUCGAGGGGCAGCAAUACUCCACCCUGAAGAGGCAAUGCCUUGCCAGUGGCCUUCUGUUUGAAGACCCACACUUCCCCGCCUUGGACGACACCCUCUUCUACCAGGGCAACAGGAUUGGACGCGUGCACUGGAAAAGACCCCAGGAGCUCUCUGAGGACCCUCACCUGUUUGUGGAUGGGAUCAGUGCGCACGACCUGCACCAGGGCCAGCUGGGAAACUGCUGGUUUGUGGCAGCGUGCUCCAGCCUGGCCUCCAGAGAGUCCUUGUGGUCUAAAGUCAUCCCAGACUGGAAAGAGCAGGAGUGGGACACGGAGACACCCGAGUCGUACGCCGGGAUCUUCCACUUCCGCUUCUGGCGCUUCGGAGAGUGGGUGGAUGUGGUGAUCGACGACCGGCUUCCCACGGUGGACAACCAGCUGGUCUACUGCCACUCGGAUGACAGCAACGAGUUCUGGAGCGCACUGGUGGAGAAGGCCUAUGCCAAAGUGUACGGCUGCUACGAGGCCCUGGAUGGCGGGAACACGGCGGAUGCCCUGGUGGACUUCACAGGGGGCGUGUCGGAGCCCAUGGACCUGCUGGAGGGCCAGAUGGCCACUGACGAGGUGGCCCGCAACCAGCUGUUUGAGAGGGUGCUGAAGGUCCACAACCGGGAUGGCCUCAUCAGCUGCUCCAUCCGGGCGACCACAGUGGAGGACAUGGAGGCACGGCUAGACUGUGGCCUGGUCAAGGGCCACGCAUACGCAGUGACGGACGUGAAGAAGGUGCGUCUGGGCCAGGGCCUGCUGGCAUUCUUCAAGUCAGAGAAGCUCAAUAUGAUCCGCAUGAGGAACCCCUGGGGAGAGAAGGAGUGGAGCGGGCCCUGGAGCGACAGCUCAGAGGAGUGGAAGAAGGUGAGCAAGAGUGAGAGAGAGAAGCUGGGCGUCACCGUGCAGGAUGACGGAGAAUUCUGGAUGACAUUUGAUGACUUCUGCCAGUACUUCACGGACCUGAUCCUGUGCCGCCUCAUCAACACCUCUUAUCUGAGCAUCCACAAAACAUGGGAGGAGGAAGUGAUGAGGGGCUCCUGGGUCCCCCGCCAAGACCCUCUGAGGAACCGCUCUGGGGGAUGCAUCAACCACAAGGCCACCUUCCUCCAGAACCCACAGUAUGUGUUUGAUGUGAAUAAGGUAGAGGAUGAGGUGUUGAUCGCCCUGCAGCAGAAGGAGAGAAGAGCCACCACCAAAGAGGGCAAAGGAGAUAACCUGGCCAUAGGCUUCGACAUUCACCGGGUGGAGCUGAACAGAAAGUACCGCAUGCACACGGCCCAGCAGAAGGUGGCGGGCUCCAUCUACAUCAACUCGCGCUGCGUCUUCCUCAGGAAGGAGCUCAAGGAGGGUCGCUACGUCAUCAUCCCCACGACUUUUGACCCAGGGCAGCAGGGCGACUUCCUGUUGCGGGUCUUCACCGACGUGCCUUCAGACUGCAAAGAGUUGAACCUAGACGAGCCCCCACAGACGUGUUGGACGGGCAUGUGUGGUUACCCCCAGCUGGUCACCCAGGUCCACGUUCUGAGUGCUGAGGGACUCCAGGGCCAGGACUCUAAUGGAGCCUCGGACCCGUACGUCAUCAUCACCUGUGAGGGAGAGAGAGUGCGCUCGCCGGUGCACAAGGACACGCGGAGCCCCAACUUCGAUGUCAAAGGCCUGUUCUACCGCAAGAAGCCCAAGGAAGGCAUCCACAUUGAGAUCUACAAUAAGAACGUAAUUGUGGAUACCUUCCUGGGUCAGGUGACCCUGUCCAGUGACCCAAACGACCGGCAGGAGCAGCACACACUCCACCUGCGCGACAAGGGCAACCGCCAAGACAACGACCUCCCGGGCACAGUCACCGUGCGCCUCAUCACCUGCAUCACACUCAUCAACAUAUGACGUCACAACCACCGCCGUCGCCGCUCUCGCCAUGAGAUGUCGAAGGAGCUUGACCUUUGUCAUCUUGACGACCUUUCGCCCCCCCUAAACCGAGCAUGUCAGUUAAACGGUUAAUCCCCCCCCCCCCACCACUGCUCCACCCAACCAAACACCCCCUUCAACAUAUACACACAGCUUUCUUUCUGACUCUCACUCUCACUGUUACACACACACACAAACACACAGGCCAUGUCUGAGUUCCAAACAGUAGGCUGAUUGGGUAUGCGAAAAUAUAAAGUUUUAUAGUAUGUGAAAUAUUGAACAUUUUGUUUGCUUUAAAUGCCAGGAUGUCAUACUCAUUUAAUCUUUCCAUCUAGUAGAAUUCACUGCACACUAUUGAGGAAGAGAAGUGUCUUUUCAGACCCACGUAGGUGUGACAACAGCCGAUAAACCGCUGAUAAUCAGCUACCAAAAUGAAAGAAUGGUGGGAAACAAAGCAAUUGUGCGUUAGAUGUCCCAUUCUCAGUAUGGAUGAGCCUGGUAUGUUUUUUUUUAAGCUUACUGCCUACAUAUACUAAACAGUACAUUCUAAAUAGUAUGAAGUAUGACGAGUACACAGUAUGUAUAUUGUUUUAGUAAGUAGUAGGCAAGACUACUCUCUCUACAUGCCUUCAACACUCUCACGCACACACACACAAACACACACACACACACACUUAACAUGCUCCUGCACCCCUUAUGCAUCUGCCAGCGUCUCUAAGGGCUAUACAUCGCCUUAAGGCUGAGUGGGUCCCUUUAGGAGCCUGUGACCAGCCAUAUGUCGGGUGGGAGGGGGAUCAUUGUAUUGGGUGGUACACUGGGUGUAGCCUUGCCUCCUCCACCCUCCAUCACAUCUUUCCCCUCUUCCCACUCCCAUCCCCUCAGAAUACGCUACCCUUCGCUUCUACAGGUUGCCAUGGACAAAAUAGAGUUUAGCACGUUAAAAAGAUUCUGCCUGCAUUGCACACGCCCCGUUUACACACAAAUGUUUGAUUUAAUAGACCUUUAUUUAACAUCACACUCUUAGCUUAGCAACCGGCGCUUUUGAUAUGCUCCAGUGGAGUGCCAUGUUCAAGUGCUUUACGGGACCAAAGACGGACCAGGCCCUCCCUCCCUCCCUCUCUGUCUUUUGCCGGCGGCAGUUGCCACCGUGCCACGUCAGUCGGUCAUCUCUAUGGCAACGCCACUGCCUGACGCUUCCUAAGUCAUGGACUCCUGUCAAUUGACCUGAAUCGCGUGAACUGAGAGACACUGUGUGUGUGUGUGUGUGUGUGUGUGUGUGUGUGUGUGUGUGUGUGUGUGUGUGUGUGUGUGUGUGUGUGUGUGUGUGUGUGUGUGUGUGUGUGUGUGUGUGUGUGUGUGUGUGUGUGUGUGUGUGUGUGUGUGUGUGUGUGUGUGUGUGUGUGUGUGCGUGCGUGCGUGCGUGCAUGCAUUCGUACGUGUUAUGCCUGCGCCUUUGUACAUCAUGCACCUCGCCUGGCUCUGACAGGCUCACGGACACGGCUGGAUGGAGGGAUGAGCGGAAGAAGAGAGAGAAGAGGCAGGAAAUCCAUCAGUCGACUCCUUCCAAAAACAGCGUGCCAUAGCCUUGUUCCUGGCUCUGACUCUGUUGUGACUCGAUACCGCUAUUCCCGACCGGAACACAGUUUGGAUUAGCAUCAUUUUAAACUAUUUGAAAUGGUAGUGUGAAAAGAGUGGGGUUUUGUCUGGCCAAGACAGAGACUAUCACAUCAUUCAGAAGCAUCACUGGUACAGUCCCCAAAACCGUUAGCAUCUCUUCUCACGUAGAUGAUGUCGCGCUUUCUCUUUUGACCUGCUUUCCACAGGCUAUUUAUCUAUAUUUCUAUUAUGCCUCUGACACUGGCAAGCGGCGGAGAAAGAAGAUACACAAGGAGAUUCAAGCCCCAAACGCUAUAUUGUCAAGUAUCUUUUCAAAAGUGCAAUAUGAUUGCAGAGACUUUUCUAGAGCAGGAUCUGACGUGGGAUCCCACGUCCGUUUAGAAUCAUUCCAGAGACAUUUGAUUUUUUUUAAUGUAAUGCGGAGAGCUUUCGCCCGACCGAUCUCUCGCUUUCUCUUUAUCGAACCAUCAAUCCCUUUUACUUGUUUAUGUGCUUGUUUUUCAAUGCCUUUUUUUUUUUGCAUUACUCGAACAACAACGGCAUUUAUUGCAUUUGAUUUAUUUAUUGCGUCAUCACAGUUUUAUAUAUUUAUAUAUUUAUUAAUGCAUUUAUUGAAUUAAUGUGUCUCGCAUAGAUCAUUUUUAGUAAUAUGUACAUGGCCUUGUAUUGUUCUUCCAUUGUUACUAUUUUAUAUUUUCUUUCCAUCUUCAGUGUGGGAAACAAAGGGUCGUGUUGAAGAAUUAGCAUGUUUACACUAUUGCACCUCAUAUCAAUGUCAUAUCAAGAUGUUUAAAAGGGUCACUUUUUAAGGCACUGAUCGGUGACAUCCACCAUUCAUAACAAUAUGUUUUUACUAUUUACUGUCAUUCGUUGCUUCAAAUGACGAAAAUGCCAUUCAAGUGCUGUGUGACAUAUGUAUUUCCUUCUAUGUUGUUCAGUUGCAGACUAAGACAGAGAAACUAAACUGGUUGCUAAAGAAAACUCUGAAAGGGAUAGUUCAUGCUAAAUCUAUUUUUGUGUCGAAUUACUCUUACCUUGAGUUGUGUCUGAAGGCCCAUAGUGACAGAAUCUGCCAGUAGUUAGCAUAAUUAGAAUCGUCCAAAUUCAUUCAUGUAAACAGCGGUGCCGAUAUUGGCAGAGCUGCUUUGCAAGCCGAAACUUCAUACUGUCUUGUUAUAAGGCAAUAUGUUAUACAAGUAACAUAUCGUAACAAAAACUGAAACAAAAAAAUAGAAACAAAAAUUGGACAAACAAUUUAGUAAACUGAAAUAAAAUAAUUCAGAAAAACAUUUUUAAAACUGGUUGACCAAAAGUAUGUGGAUACCCGCUCGUUGAACCUCUCAUUCCAAAUCAUGGGCGUUAAUAUGGAGUUGGUGCCCCUUUGCUGCUAUAACAGCCUCCACUCUUCUGGGAAGACUUUCCACUAGAUGUUGGAACUUUGCUGGGGGGACUUGCUUCCAUUCAGCCACAAGAGCAUUAGUGAGGUUGGGCACUAAUGUCGGGCGAUCAGGCCUGGCCCGCAGUCAGCGUUCCAAUUCAAUGUGGUUGCGGUCAGGGCUCUGUGCAGGCCACUCAAGUUUUUCCACACCAAUCUCGACAAACCCUUUCUGUAUGGACCUCGCUUUGUGCACGCGGG